AUGGGUGGCGGCACCCUCCGAGCCGCCUUUUCGUGCGGACCACUUGGAGCACACUUUGACGCCUGGGCCGACUUCCUGAUCAACUAUCAUCCCUUUUACUUUCAAGGCUCUGUGGGUGUCUCGGUAGGUGUCGACUUUACGCUCGACCUGUGGAUCUGUAGCAUCCAUAUCAGCGUGGAUAUUGGCGCCUCUCUCUGGCUCCAAGGCCCGCCUUUCCAGGGCGUAGUCCACGUCGACUUCUGGGUCUUCGGAUUUGAUAUCGCGUUUGGCUCUGGUGACAUACCCGCAGCACCACUCGACUGGCCAACGUUCUGGAAUUUAUUGCUGCAAGUCAAUGAGCAAGAUCCAUCAUCAAGCGUCACCAGUGGACCGGAUGCUGAGCUCGUACUUGUCGUACAAACAGGAGCUGUUCCCAGUCAGGGCAAGAUUCAAAGUCCCGAGGUUUCACCCUGGGUGGUUCGCGCUGGCACUUUCAGUUUCCGUGUCCAGACUCGAAUGCCACUCACCAAUGCCAUUUGCAAUGGAGAUAGCACAGGCUCUCUCAAUGCAAAAGACUACACCGACAAAGACAUUUACAGUAAACCCAUGCAGAAGUCUGAUACAUUCGAGUCUGAAAUGACCAUCACCAUCGCGGGUGUGACGGAUUCAUUCAGGCUCACGCCGGUGAUGAAGCAACUGCCCGUUGCGAUCUGGGGUCAGUAUGAUAAAGAAACCGAUCCCAGCCAUUCUUCCAAGGGAAACUACAUACCUUCUCUGAUGGAUGCCGAUGCACCCACUGUCAACCUGAUGAGCGGCGUUAUACUUACAGCGCCUCUGCCUAUCAAGGGCAACGAUACGAUUCCAACGUUCAAUGCCAUCCAUGCGAACCGUACGGACGUGAACGUCAACGGUGAUCCGCCGUUAGCCAAGACUCCAUCUAUACAAGGAUCUGAGUUCGUGCCUCCGUCAAAGGGACCAGAGGCAGGUCCAGGCACUGUACGGACAACUUGGGCGGCUGCGGGAAAAGCCGAGCAAGUGGAGGCUGUAGAAGAGGCGGCUAGUCCAGCUUAUGGGACAGUGGCAUCUCCCAGGCUCCCCUCGCCACCAUCGCCACUCGAUCAAUUUGUGGUAGAGUGGUCAACACUCUUCGGAUGGCCAGUCAACGUGCCGAUCCUCAACCCCAAGACCGGCGACGUCCUCCAGAUGCCGUUGUCGGCUGAGCCGCCUACUGAGUCCCUCCUGAGCGAUCUGGCGACUUACGAGAGUUAUUACGUGACUGAUCCAAGGAUUGCACAGCCGAUUACCGUCUAG